UGCAAAAACCAAUUUUUUUUUUUUUUAAACCUAUCCAACCAAAACAAUAGACCCAUGUAUUCCACUUGCUUUGGUAAUGUAAACCUACUGUAUGCUUCCCACGCCAAUAACAAUGUAAACAUACUGUAUGCUUCCCACACCAAUUAAGCCCUUUACAUUAAAUGAGAGAGAGAGAGCAGGAGAGAGAGAGAGAGAACUGAAUCCAGAUGGUUAACUACUCAUUUUCAUUCAGAGUUCACAUACAACGUUGUUCUUUUAGGCUACUAAAUUCACUGCUCUGCAAUAUAAUAGUUAUGUCACUUUCACUUAACCUUAUUACUCUAAAAGAGCUUGUUACACUAGGUCUAGGCCUACACAAUAAUAAAGUUACAUGCUUGCAGACCAGUGUGUCAUUUAGGUGGUAUUGUGUAACAAAAUGUAACAUUUUAUUUCAACGUAUUAAAUAAAAUAAAACGGUGAUCAAUCUGAGUUACAGUGUUACUACCAAAUCAUUAACCACACAAGGUCAUUGACAGUAGAAUAAUCGCAUUUCUAUCCCGGAUAUGGGAACCGCCUCAGUCGUUUAAUUUCAUGUUCAUGCUGGACAUGGGUUUCUCACAAAUGGGAUGAAGUGCUUUGUAUCGACCAAUUAUGUGGUACUACCACUUUAAAACAUGUUGGGAGUUGUCUGCCAAUCAGCGCGAAGGAGGGGGAGGGAAGAAAGCGGGUGGGUAGCAACAGUUGCCCCGGUGAGGACGAAGCGCCAUAGCCACGGUAGCCCUGGCGACAAGAACCCAGCAACGAGAAUCAACAACAACAGCCUGAAUCCUUGAAAAAAAUUAAAACAAAAAUACCGGUGGGAAAUUCACUCGGAAUCAGAGUGUCUGAGUCCCAGUUCUCGUGAUGGCCACGACAGGCUACGUGGAGGAGUUGCAGCCCGUGACGACCCAGCCUCAAAGGGCAGCAGGUGGGAGUGUGACGGUGGCCGGACAGUCCUCCACCUCAGCCUCCGCUGCCCCACACACGGUGGUAGCUCCUACGCAGCAGUUCCUGGCCGAGCUUCAGACCACGGUGGUGGAUCCUCCCACCGCUGCAGCCGCAGCAGGACAAACCACACCUCCUGCACAAGCCACUCCCACCGCGGCACAGAAGACAGCAGUUGUCCAGGUGGCACCCACACAGGCUCCUCCCCCCCAGACCCAGUAUGUGACGGCUGAGAUCCAGGGUUCCUCGUCACAGGCCAACAACGCCCAGAACAUUCCCCAGUACAUCGUGGUCACCGUCACAGAGGGCUCUCUCCAUUCAAGUGACUCUGUGUCUGACUCCAGCUCUCCUGCAGCUGUGGUACAGCAGACUGGGGUUCCCACACAGGUGGUGCAGCAGGUGCAAGCAGCACAGCAGAGGUCAGUGGUGCAGGCAACUUCCCAGAUCACAGCCAAGACUGAACAGGGCACCACCCAGCUGAGUGUCACCAACCUGCAGCCUGUCCACCUCACUCAGGAGAGUUCGCAUAGAAAACAGAGUGAGAGGGAUGAGGCAGACGUAGGGAGAGACCGAGAGGUAGAGGAGGAGUGGACAACAGCAGAGCAGAGCAGGACAGACACACAGUACUUUGCAUGGGUGCCGUCAGACAGACACACAGACAUGCAGACAGACGGACACAGCCUCCAGGAGUACACCUCCUACAUCCCCCUCUCCCUUCCCCUGGCCUUCCCUCCCUUCGCCUUGCCCCUGUCGGUGCUCUCGCUGGGCUGGGAGGGGAUGGAGAUGGGAGGCUACCCCGCGGUCACCACAGCCCAAGGACAGCCACUCCUGUUUGACGCAGCCUCUGCCCUCAGAGUGCAGCAGCAGCUCCAGCAGGUGCCAGUGCAGCAUGUGUACACCAACCAGGUGCAGUAUGUUGAAGGGGGAGACAACAACUACACCACCAGCACCAUUCGUUCAGGCAGCUUCACCUACACAGACACCCCUCUGUACACUCAGACCACCGCUGCCCCUUACUACGAAGCCCCUCCCACCUCUGGCUCACAGGUCACCACCACCGGCACACCCCUGACCGUCUCCGUGACAACGGGCUCUGCCGGUGGUGUGUCUAUGUACGUGGCUGGCACAGGCCAGAUCGUGGCCAAUCCGGCAGCUGCCGCUGGGGGUGGGGCGACGGUGGUGGUGGCGACAGGGGGAACAGCCAAUGGGGCUGGGGAAGGGGCGGGGGCUAAUGGCAGCGGGGGCAGCUAUGUGAUCCAGGGGGGGUACAUGCUGGGCGGCAACAGUCAGGGAGGCUACUCCUCCCACAACGCCCGCUCUUCUCCUGCCACCGUUAGUAUAACAGAGGGCGAGGAGGGUAGCGGCGUACCGUCAGCAGACAAAAAGGUGCAGUGGCUGCUAGAUAACUAUGAGACAGCUGAAGGGGUCAGUCUGCCUCGCUCCACCCUCUACUGCCACUACCUGCUGCACUGCCAGGAGCAGAAGCUGGAGCCCGUCAACGCUGCCUCCUUUGGGAAGCUGAUCAGAUCUGUGUUCAUGGGGCUACGCACGCGCCGCCUGGGCACCCGGGGGAACUCCAAGUACCACUAUUAUGGCCUGAGGAUCAAGGCCUGCUCCUCUCUGAUCAGACUGAUGGAGGACCAGCAGCAUCUGGCCAUGAGACAGCAGCCCUUCUCUCAGAAACAGAGGUUGAAGCCGGUGCAGAAGGUGGAGGGGAUGACCAAUGGCAUGGCGGCAGGCUCGGGCCAACAGCAGCAACAGCAGCAGGGGGCGGGGCUCUCUGACAUCAGCGCCCAAGUGCAGCAGUACCAGCAGUUCCUGGACGCGUCCCGGACCCUCCCAGAGUUCCCUGACCUUGACCUGCAGGGGAAGGCCCUACCGGAGGGCAUAGAACUGGAGCACAUCAAGAGCUUCCAGCUGCUGUAUCGGGAACACUGUGAGGCUAUUCUGGACGUGACGAUCAACCUGCAGUUCACCCUGGUGGAGACCCUGUGGAAGACCUUCUGGAGGUUCGAAGAGAGCCAGAGUGGAGACACUGGCACACUGGCUGUACAUGAUGAGUCUGAGAAGCGCCUGCCCAAGGAUUGUCUAGUGAUCUUGUGUAAGUACGACCCUGUGCUCCGCUGGAGCCGCGACUGUGACAACACCCUGUACCAGGGCCUGGUGGAGAUCCUCAUCCCCGAUGUGCUGCGGCCCAUCCCCAGUGCCUUAACUCAAGCCAUCCGCAACUUUGCCAAGAGUCUGGAGAGCUGGUUGACCAACGCUAUGAUGAACAUCCCAGAAGAGAUGGUCCGCAUCAAGGUGACGUCGGCCAGUUCGUUUGCCCAGACGCUGCGCAGGUACACCUCUCUGAACCACCUGGCCCAGGCAGCCAGGGCCGUGCUACAGAACACAGCUCAGAUAAACCAGAUGCUCAGUGACCUCAACCGCGUUGACUUCGCCAACGUUCAGGAGCAGGCGUCGUGGGUGUGUCGCUGUGAGGACCGUGUGGUGCAGCAGUUGGAGCAGGACUUCAAGCUGACCCUGCAGCAGCAGAACUCUCUGGAGCAGUGGGCUGCCUGGCUGGACGGGGUGGUCUCCCAGGUCCUAAAGCCCUACCAGGCCAGCGCCGCCUUCCCCAAGGCCGCCAAGCUCUUCUUGCUCAAGUGGUCCUUCUACAGUUCCAUGGUGAUUAGAGACUUGACUCUGCGUAGUGCUGCCAGCUUCGGAUCCUUCCACCUGAUCAGACUGCUAUAUGAUGAGUACAUGUACUACCUGAUAGAACACAGAGUGGCCCAGGCUAAAGGAGAGACACCCAUCGCUGUCAUGGGAGAGUUCGCCAGUCUUGGCAGGAGUUUGAACCCACUGGAUCCAGACAAAGAAGAGGAAGAGGAGGAGGAAGAGGAGAGCGAUGACGAGUGUCAGGAGCUGUCUCUGCCCUCUGACGGGGCGGGGUUGGGGGAGGAGUCUCUGGAGCCGCCUACCAAGCUGGCUAGAACCGACCAGAGAGUACUCUUCACCACGGGCCAGGACUGAUCACACACACACUGAUACACACAUGCACAAACACACAUCUAUUCACAGACGUACACACAUGAACACAUUGAUUGAUACACAUUUGUAUACACACAUACACCAAGAUACACUAGAGGUUGACACAGGAGUGAAAAUUCAUUCCUGUUCCUGUGGAUUGUCGAUCCUGUCCUGUCCCGAACAUGACUCUAUAGAACUUGACUCCCAUUCCUGACAGACCUGUUCCCGUGUCAACCUCUAAUGUACAAUUUCUACACACAUUUGAGUGUAGUUACUGUACACACACACACACACACAUAUUCAUUCACUCAAUGAAAAUUGCUGCAGUCUCUAACGCAUAGAUGCUGACCCAUCAGUGCACACACACACACACACACACACACACACACACACACACACACACACACACACAGUCCCAAUAAGGUCUGUAUGGCACAAAUCUGCUGUAAGCACAGAUACCACACAUGCAUGGAUGGGCACACAAUCAUCGGUCCAGCGUUGCUGGACAAAGGCCACAGGGUGAACUUACACACAUACAUACCCGACCCAAGGACUGAAGAGAAAGUGUUUGUUGUCACUUGGAUGGAUCUGUGUAUUGAACAAGGACCUCCCAUGUUUCUCUGUAUUGGUGUCACUGAAUGACAACAGGGCAGCGCAAUGUACAUACCAACCUGGGCUACCCUUCAACAACUGUCUGCUGUGCCAAGGUGGUCCUGAAGAUAUGACUGUUAACAGUUCAUCCUCCCUUACCCAACCCUUCAGUAUAGGGAGGAACGGAGGGAGGAAUAGGAUGAAAGAGGAAAUGGCUGCUUACGAUUCUGUAGUUCUAGGUGGUCCAUUUAGCUGUCAAUCAAAGCCCAAGAGCCAAUCAGGAGAUGGGGCCUGUGGGUGACAGCAGAUAGACUGUAAAGGGAGUUGUUGUGUGUGUGUGUUUUUGAUGCCCGUGGCGUGUGUGUGUGUGUGUGCGUGCACUGGGGUCCUACUGCUGUGCUAUAUUUGUAGUGUGAGAAUGAACGUGUUGUUGAUUUUUGUGAUCGUGUGUGUGUGUCUAGUAACGUGUGUCUGGUUGUACGAUAGUUGAGUCUGUGCUUCAGAAGAAGUGUUGACUGUAUAUUUGGUGGAUAUUUUCAAAGGCAUUCAAAAUCAUUUGGGGUGAAUGUUUUUAUUUGCUGUUUUCUUUAAUUAUUUUUUUCCUGAAAAAGAGUGUCAGGGUUUUGGGGGUUCCUGUCACAACCACUCACACACAAAAUAUAAAACCCUGGUUUAAAGGCGUUUCCAUGUCAACCCCAUGGAUGUGGAAAAGUAGUCCCACAAUUUCUCUCACCUGCAGUGUCCCUCUGCCUCUGCUGAAUGUGCAGUUCUGUAAAGAGGGGCUCAGUUCAAUAUAUAUUCCUGUUUGUGUGUUCAAGUGCUUCAUUGCCAUCUGUUUUAUUGGUUUCUGUUGAGACCUUUGUGGCCUCUUGUUGUCCACACGUCAUUACUCCAGCCUUAUUUUUUAUGUUCGUUUGUCUUUUUCUUUUCUGUGCCAAACAUUUCUGAAUUCAAAUAAUUACUUUGUUUGUUUGUUUACAUGUUCCAAGAAGGACUGUGCUGGACUGAGUUAAGAUGUGAUAAUAUUGAUAAUAUAAUUAUAUAUAUGUGUGUCACUCUAUUUCCUUUUCAUUGUCACAAAGUGAGCCUUCCUUUGUCUGGUGAUGUGGAGUCAGUCUGUCACACACUAAGUAUAUUUUGUGUGUAUGUGUAUUUACUGAGAGUCGUUAUUGAUUGUGUACGUUUGAUUUCAGUUCUCCUCAAGUGAGCUCUCCAUACAUACACAGGCCUAGGGUCCUGCUUCGUUUGCCCAGUCACCGUCAAUGACUGUCCUUUUAGAAGGUCAGAUAUCAGUAGCCUGGUCCCAUAUCUGUUUGUACUAUCUUGCCAACUCCUGGUGUGACAAUGACCAUAGAAGUUGGUGAGACAGCACAAACCGAUCUGGGACCAGGCUAGAAUAUAACAGUUCUGCCUAUUUAUCACAGACCGUCUCCACUUCGAGAUCCCUAUAGAUCUCUUCCAUGUACAGUACUGUGUAUCUGUGUCUGAUGGAAUCGCAGGGAACAGGUGUAAGGUACUCUGAGAAAGACCCUUACAGUCGGUGCCAUUGCUGUAUGGGUUUAGCCUGGUCCCAGAUCUGUUUGUGCUUUCUUAUAGAAGUUGGAAUGACAGCACAAACAGAUCUGGGAUCAGGCUCGAUGUGAAACGAGACAGGAGAACCACAGUCACCUUAUCUUCCUCUACAUCUAUCACUCUGUCUCACUCGUUUCCUUCCUUCCUGCCAAUGUUUUUCUGCUGUUUUUUGUUAAAGCCAUUUUCUUCUAACAUUGUCCACCACUAUCGGUUCAGUUGUUGAACAUGUAUUGUUUGAACAUUUCAUUACAUUUAAGUGUCACAAGAAAGUUUUCAAAGGCUGCAAUGCAUGUCUUGAGCACGCAGCGUGGACCUCUAAACCAGCAUGUUUAACACUGGGGCGUCUGCUGCUACCACAGCUGUUGACAUAUCACUCCGAUGUCCUGCGGAUCUCCCUAUACGAUGGCCAUUCUUUUCCAGACAAAAAUGUUUUGUCAUUUUUAUAGUGUUCAGUUUCUUAUUUUUAAAAACAAAAGCGGUAUUGUGUGGCAGUGUUUUAUGAAUUUGGUCAACUACAAGUAUGACUGUGCCUUUGGGAGGUUGUAGAAUGCACUUCAAAUGUUUUUAAUUUUAAAGAUAUAAAAUAAAUUAAGAAUUUUUAAAAUUG